UGAGAAAACCGAGUCCCGGAGAGUUUGAGUGACCUGUUCAAGGUUUCCCAGCCCAGGAAGGGGCAGAGCUGGUUUCAAUCAAGACGCUGCCAAUGGGAGCUGCAUCUUGGCUUCUAGGGUGACUGGGCCCCAAAUUCAUUCUGGUGUUAUCUGUCUCUGUCCCUCCCCUAUUGUUGCCUCCUCCCUCCUGCCACCACCCACUUCAGACUUCCUCCUUCACUUGGUCAGACGCCACACCACGUCCUGCUGACCCUUGGACGGGGUGGCCAGACCGCCUGCACUAUGGGGGUCCCUGGACCCUCCACCAUGCUCCUGCUCCUGCCUCUCCUUCUGAUUUUGGCUGAUUUCAGCCCUGCCCAGGCCCAGCAAGAAUGCAACUGUUCAGUUGUGAGCCCAGGUGUGCUGGCGGGGAUUGUGCUGGGGGACUUGGUGCUGACCCUCCUCAUCGCCCUGGCGGUGUACUCCCUGGGCCGUCUGGUUCCCCAGAGCCGUGGGCCCGUGGAAGCAAUGUCUAGGAAGCAGCGCAUGGCUGAGACCGAGUCACCCUAUCAGGAGCUCCAAGGACAGAGGUCAGAUGUCUACAGCGAUCUCAACUCACAGAGGCAGUACUACAGAUGAACGCAAGUCACAGCUGACAACAACCUGAGGCCUGAAUCUAGCCAUUCUUGACAUCCAAGUCUUACUCCCAGCAACAUACAGAUCUAUAGAGGUAUCAGACCUCUUUUCAUGCCACCCCCAAAUAAACAAUAGAAUACAA